AUGUAUUCUGAUCCUUCUCUCCCCUUCCCUCUCUCCCCUCCCCUUCUCUCCCCUUCCCUCUCUCCCCUCCCCUUCUCUCCCCUUCCCUCUCUCCCCUCCCCUUCUCUCCCCUUCCCUCUCUCCCCUCCCCUUCUCUCCCCUUCCCUCUCUCCCCUCCCCUUCUCUCCCCUUCCCUCUCUCCCCUCCCCUUCUCUCCCCUUCCCUCUCUCCCCUCCCCUUCUCUCCCCUUCCCUCUCUCCCCUUCCCUCUCUCCCCUUCGCUCUCUCCCCUUCCCUCUCUACCCUUCCCUCUCUCCCCUUCCCUCUCUCCCCUUCCCUCUCUCCCUCCCCCCUUCCUCUCUCCCCUUCACCCUCUCCUCCUCCCGUCCGGAGCUGUUCUCAGGUCAGCCCAUCCACGCCAUCGGCAGCUCGCUCCUCUCCCACCCCUCCACCAACCCAUUCCCCUCCCCUGCUGCCGCACACGCUUCCGUCAGCGAUGAUGCUCGUACUCCUCCCACUUCUCCAACACUUCCUCUCCUUGGACUCCCACCCUCCAGCACCCGCCGCCCCUCUUUCGCCCUCUUUUCAUUCCAUCCGCCCUCGCCACGCGCUCACCCUGCUAGCUAUCCUGCCCGAAGCUGAGCGCUUCUCUCGCUUAGGCCAUACGCCUGCCCUCUCAUCCCACCUCCCCGUCUCCUCAUCCCACCUCCCGAUCUCCUCAUCCCACCUCAACAUCUCCUCAUCCCACCUCAACAUCUCCUCAUCCCACCUCAACAUCUCCUCAUCCCACCUCAACAUCUCCUCAUCCCACCUCAACAUCUCCUCAUCCCACCUCAACAUCUCCUCAUCCCACCUCAACAUCUCCUCAUCCCACCUCCCCAUCUCCUCAUCCCACCUCCCCAUCUUCUCAUCCCACCUCCCCAUCUCCUCUUCUCCCCUUGUUUCCACCCCCAUCCGUCCCCAUUUAAUCCCUUCUCCCCUCGUUUCCACCCCCAUCCGUCCCCUAUUAACCUCUUCUCCCCUCGUUUCGACCUCCUCAUCUCAUCUCCCCUUUAUGCCUCCAACCACCACUCUCUGCCUUCCCGUCCCCCCUUUUUGCAUCCCCCUUUCCUUCUCCAUCUGCCCUCCUUUUUUUUCAUUUCCCCUACUAUGCCAUCCCAUCUCCUGCCCCUUUACUUCUCAUCCCCUCUCCCAUUCUUCUCAUCUGCCCUCCCUUCCUUCCCAUCUUGCGUGCCAGCCUCCCUUCCUUGCAUCACCCCUACACUCUUCUGUUCUCCCCGUUCCCCCUUUUUACCACUUCUCUUCCUUCACAUCUCAACUGCCCUUUUUCUCAUCCCUGGAGCCUUCAUUCCUCCCGUCACCCCUCCCUUUGUUCCAGUUACUAGCAGGUCUAAGCUAG